UAAUGGAUACACCCCAGUUGGAUCUACCAUCAAAACUUCGUUACCCAUGAAGCAGUGCUAUCAGCCAGCGCGUUGCUGUGCGUCAAGUCCAACCACUGUGCCAAGCGAAGAAGAAAGGGGGAGACGUACAAGCUAGCUAAAACGAUAUGCUACCAAUGCAGUUAAAUUUGUAACGACUACUUUAGAAAGGAUAGGUCAACUCUGUGCCUGCUUGGCUUUAAAUCGCAACAGACUUUUCCCCUGCCCCGGCUUUAGCGCACAUAGAUAUGAGCGGCAGCGGGCGGCCCAGGACCAGCUCGUUUGCUGAGCCUCCAGGGGCUCCCGGAGCCGUUUCAGCCGCCGCCGGAUCGUCUGUUACCGGAGGGAUUUCUGCAGGAAAAUCUGGGGCUUCACAGGCCACAGGGAGCAGCUCGACUGGCUUCGGAAAUUUGAAACUAGCCCGAGACAGUGGCAAGGUGACGACUGUGGUGGCCACACCAGGCCAGGGUCCAGACCGCCCACAGGAGGUGUCCUACACAGACAUCAAGGUGAUCGGGAAUGGUUCCUUCGGCGUGGUGUACCAGGCCCGCCUCAUUGACAGCCAGGAGAUGGUUGCCAUCAAGAAGGUUCUGCAGGAUAAGAGGUUUAAGAACCGAGAACUACAGAUCAUGAGGAAAUUGGACCACUGCAACAUAGUCAGGCUACGUUACUUUUUCUACUCCAGUGGGGACAAGAAAGAUGAGGUGUAUCUGAACCUAGUGCUGGACUUUGUUCCAGAGACGGUGUACAGGGUGGCCCGGCACUUCAACAAGGCCAAGACCACCAUCCCCAUUAUAUACGUCAAGGUGUACAUGUACCAGCUGUUCCGCAGUCUGGCCUAUAUCCAUUCCCAGGGCGUGUGUCACAGAGACAUCAAACCCCAGAACCUGCUGGUGGACCCCGAGACAGCCAUCCUCAAACUCUGUGACUUCGGCAGUGCUAAGCAGCUUGUUCGCGGGGAGCCCAACGUGUCCUAUAUCUGCUCGCGGUACUACCGUGCCCCUGAGCUCAUCUUUGGCGCCACGGACUACACGUCCAACAUUGACAUCUGGUCAGCGGGCUGCGUGCUGGCCGAACUGCUGCUGGGACAGCCCAUCUUCCCCGGGGACAGUGGAGUGGACCAACUGGUAGAGAUCAUCAAGGUUUUGGGGACUCCGACGAGAGAGCAGAUCCGAGAGAUGAACCCCAACUACACAGAGUUCAAAUUCCCCCAGAUCAAAGCACACCCCUGGACAAAGGUGUUUAAGCCGCGUACCCCCCCAGAGGCCAUCUCCCUGUGUUCCCGUCUGUUAGAGUACACCCCUGUGACCAGGCUGUCCCCCCUGGAGGCCUGCGCCCAUGCCUUCUUCGAAGAGCUGCGCCAGCCCACUGCCCGUCUGCCCAGCGGACGAGAACUUCCCCUCCUCUUCAACUUCAGCCCCGUCGAGCUAUCUAUCCAGCCCCAGUUGAACUCCACACUCAUUCCUCCUCACGCUCGAGCACAGACAUCACCUGCCUCACACGAUGGCAGUGUGUCGGACAGUACCGCCCAGCCCAGCUCAGUACCUGGAUCCAUCAACAGCACCUGAACCCCCCCCCCCGUCCCCCAUUCACCCUGUCUUUCCCCUUUUCCUCUCAACCCCAUCCCUCUCUUACUAUUCUUCCACCCCCUCUUAGAUCCAAACUUCAAAAGACAACUAUACACACACACACAUACAACAACAAUACUACAAAAUCAUCUAUUAUCCCUUGAAUAUUCCCAUUAUAGGUGUAAAAAAAAUAUCUGUUGGUGGCAGUAGUCCAAUGACUGUUGGGUUGUAGAAGAUGGGUGAAUCUGACAAAAGCUAUUCUGUAUUAUAAUCUCUGCUAAACAAAUUGUAUCCCUUUUUUAAAAAACGUAUUUAUUUGAAAGUGCAUUUUGUUUUAGUGAUGUAUGCCAGUGAAUGGGAUGCAUCAACUGAAGCCUGUUUCAGUUCAGACAGUUUAGGACAAUCUUCCAUUGAGGUUAAAAACCAAACGGUCACGUGGUCAGAGGACAGAUCAGGGACUGCCAAUGGGAAAACUCUGGGGAAUGGAGGUGUUCAUCUACCAAGACAUUACUCCUAAACCGAGUCCAAAGUGUUAAUUAGUUCUGAAAAUUGAAGAACUGUGUUUUUAUUUGUUUUAUUAAAUUGGAUACCAAACAGCAGCGAAUGGAACUGGCAUUUUAAAUUCGAUGAGGUAAUUUUUAAUUAAAAAAAUAAUAAUAAUUUAUAGAAGCUUUUAUCACAAAGGUGAUUCAAAAAUAAUCCAAAGGCGGAAACCGCUAGCUGUUUUAUUAAACUGUUUCUGAGAAGAAACAUCGAAGUGAAAGUCUUAAUGUCUUUUAUUUGAAUAAGAGGGACCUUUUUUAAAAGAAUGGAAUGUACAUAUUCAGUUUCUAUAAGCUCUUGUCCCAGUCAGUUUAGCUGGAGACGUGUUGGUGAGAAGUAACCUUUGCACAUCUCUAAAGGGGAGUAGAGCGGAGCUGUAGGGGCCCGCUGCAUCUCUUGUGCAGUGGAGAUAUGCAACCUGUGUAUAGGAAGGGGUAGGGCUCCUCCAGUCACACCUGUACACCAAUGGCCAUAUAGCCGUACUUGAACCAAAGCUCUGUCACAUCAACUUUGAAAGUACUUGGCACUUUCACUCCUCCCUUUCUCUCAUUUUUCCUCAAUUCAGUCUAGAUGCACAAUUACACUGCAUGUAGGGGAGGUCUUAAGUGUUAGUGCGCUUGUGUGUGAAUGAGGUUUUUUCGUGUUUGACCAUCUUCCAUCUCCAAAUCAACCCACUGUAGCACUCUUGUUUUUGUAAGUCUAGAUUCUAACAGCAUCAGUGAUUUAUCAUCAGUUAAACCUUGUUUUCAUCUGGCCCACCAACACAGACUUGCAUGUUCACCAUGCGUUAGAGCAACCACACCUGUUCUCUCUCCCCACUCGUCACCGCACAACAACGAUGGUUUGAUCUAAAAUACCUGCACCCAAAAAAUGUAAAUGCCCCAACCACUUCUGGAGCCUUCUGUUCCUCUCCUCCUUCCUCUCCCACUCUCUCCUUCCCUCUCUUUCUCUCACUGUAAAUAUCAAGUACCUUUUUUUAUUUAGUUUUUUUUGUUAUUAUAUUGUUCUUGUAAUUUCAUUUUAUUUUCUCUAGCAGAGGGGAGCUGGUGUAGCAGCGACCAGGCUCCUUCUCAGUCUGUCUGUAAAUACAACUUCAUUUCAGUCCCUGGCUCGGGGGGAAUAACAGAACAAAAUGUUUCUCUUGUUUUUAUUCUCUCUCCCUCCAUUUCUCUCUCGUUGCCUUUCUCCCAUAAAUAUUAUGAUCACUUUAUUUAUUGUAUUUUGGGGGGUUUUAUUUUGUUUCUCUGGGGAGGGUUUGUUGUCGGCCGAAGGGUUUAUUUUGUAAGAAGUCAUCAGUGCCCAUGUCAUGCAAAAUAUUCCAACUUCCAAGAUUAUUGGACUUUGAUCCAAACUUGGGAGUGUUUUCCAAUAAAGGUCCUGUAUUUGCAAGUACACAUCCUAGCCAGUAGGUGGAACUACAUUUUAUUUUCAUUGAUGUGAAGGGAUUCUCACAUGACUGCGUCUAUGGUAGUCUGGCUGAUGUCCCAACAGUAUAAAUGGCUGAUCCUAUGUGGGGUUAUUGGUGAUAUUGCUGUAUCUGGGUGGGUUUGAAUGAGGGGUUGGGUGGGGAGGGUUGUGUAAUAUGUCCCAAGGCGUGUCCCUUCUCCCGUGUCCCAUGUGUUUUGUGUAAUGGGUUUAACCUGUUACUUCUGUCUGUGAUUACAUGAAUGAGUGAUUGAAUUUAAUGAAUGGAUGAAAGAACUGACAAAUCUUACAAAAGUGUGAGUUGGGAGACCGUGGAUACAUUUUAAAAAAAAUCUUAGCUCUUCAUUUUAGGAAAACAAUGUUAUUUUUGUGUUUUAUUUUCCUGGCACAAGUUGGUUUUAAUUUGUUGUGAUCCUGAUCUUUAUGGCCCUGCACAAGGGUCAUACCACAUCACUGGUGGGAACGGAAUGGUUUUGAAGUGGAUGCGAGAGAGGGGGGGACGGAGAGAGACUGUUUUUGUUUGUUGGUAUAAAUCAACUUAUGAAUAAAGUGAUGAAACUGC